AUGAAGCGGAGGGAGCGGGGAGGGGCGCUCGUCAUAGAGGAGAAGCCUCCUCCUCCUCGCCUGAUCAUCAUGGGCGGGCCAGGAUGUGGGAAGGGAACCAUAUGCCGAGCUCUUGUCCAGCAGUUCGGGGUCGUGCACAUCUCAGUGGGAGACGUGUUGCGAGAGGAGAUCGCCAAGGGGAGUGAGAUCGGAAAGCAGAUUGAGGAGCAUCUCAAGGAAGGAAGGCUGGUCUCAGACGAGCUCGCUCUUAGUAUCGUCCGGGACAAGGUGUCGCAACCUGAGGUGCAGCAGCAUGGAUGGCUCUUGGACAACUUCCCGCGUACCACGGAGCAGGCCGAAGCCAUGGUCGAGCUAGGGAUCAUACCUGAGAAGUUCAUCUACAUAGAAGUGCCUGACAACAUCUUGCUCGAGCGCUGCCUGGGGAGGAUGGUAGAUCCUGUCACGGGUGACAUCUACCACAGCCACUUCAGGCCUCCCCCGGACGACCCUGAGGUCAAGGCCCGUUUGAUUCGCAGGCUGGACGACAACAGUGAGGCCGUGGAGAGGAGGCUGGAGGCGUUCCAGGAGAACAUGGACUCGGUCCUGGAGAUUUUU